GAUGCGCCAAAAUCUGCGAAUCCACCUGAUUCUCCUGCUGGGAUUGUGUGUGUUCGUGGCCAGGAUACAGGGGCAGCUGAUUGGCGGCGAGGAGGACGAAGAGGAGGACGAGGAGGAGGAGGAAGAGGAGGAGAGUGUCGAGGACGAGACGCUGGAGGAGCGACUGCAGCGAAAGAACAUCAAACAGGACUCCACGUUGACAGUGGACAAAUUAAUUGCCAAAUAUGGCUACGAGGCUGAGGUCCAUCACGUGACCACCGAGGACGGUUACAUUCUCACCAUGCACCGCAUCCGGAAGCAGGGCGCCCAGCCGUUUCUUCUCCAGCACGGACUCGUGGACAGCUCGGCGGGGUUUGUGGUGAUGGGUCCCAAUGUGAGUCUGGCCUAUUUGCUGGCCGACCACAACUACGACGUUUGGCUGGGAAAUGCGCGGGGUAAUCGGUACUCGAGGAACCACACCACCCUCGACCCGGACGAGACCAAGUUCUGGGACUUUAGUUGGCACGAGAUCGGGAUGUACGACCUGCCCGCAAUGAUAGAUCACGUCCUGAAGGUCACGGGAUACCAGAAGCUGCAGUACGCCGGACACUCCCAGGGCUGCACCUCUUUUUUCGUAAUGUGCUCCAUGCGGCCUGCCUACAACGAGAAGGUCAUCUCCAUGCAGGCCAUGGCCCCCGCCGUUUACGCCAAGGAGACAGAGGACCAUCCCUACAUUCGGGCCAUUAAUCUGUACUUUAAUAGCCUUGUCGGCAGUUCCAUCCGGGAAAUGUUUAACGGAGAGUUCCGAUUCCUCUGCCGGAUGACCGAAGAGACAGAGCGUCUGUGUAUUGAGGCUGUCUUUGGGAUUGUGGGUCGCAACUGGAAUGAGUUCAAUAGGAAAAUGUUUCCCGUUAUCCUGGGCCACUAUCCGGCGGGAGUGGCCGCCAAGCAGGUUAAGCACUUUAUCCAGAUCAUCAAGACAGGACGAUUCGCACCAUACAGCUAUAGUUCGAAUAAAAACAUGCAAUUGUACAGGGAGCACCUGCCACCACGGUACAACCUGAGUAUGGUGACAGUGCCCACCUUCGUGUACUACUCCACGAAUGACCUGCUGUGUCAUCCCCACGACGUGGAGGCCAUGUGCGACGACCUGGGCAACGUGACGGGCAGGUAUCUUGUGCCUCAGAAGGAGUUCAACCACAUGGACUUUCUGUGGGCCACCGAUGUGCGGAAGAUGCUCUACCGAAGGAUGCUGCAGGUGCUGGGAAAGGUGCCAGACGAUGCACAGGAGGAAGGCACUUCAUCCAGAGCCAGGAGGGCCAUCCAGAGACGAUUCUUAUCCAGUACGCGAUAGAGAGUUUCCACCCGAAUUCAAUAUUUAUUUAUUUAUUUAUUUAGUUUACGGUGUACUUAGCUUUAAAUAUGGAAAAGAUGAGAGUAUUUGCAUAA